AUGGAGGAAGGCUUGAAAACCGCACUUCGGUUUACUACUGGACAUUUAGAGAGUUUGUCUGUCAAGGCGAGGGAGAUAUUGAGUAUCAUACCUGGUUCCCCUACGGACGAGUUUCUCCUGGAAAUGGAAAUUGUCGUCUCCAAGCUAGAAAGCAGCUUGAGUAGAAUAAAAGCCGAAAUGAAUAACUACUUUAGGAUGGCUAAUCAGCCUGAUGCCGAUGAGAUCUCCAGGAUUUCUACGAUCCAGCUGACAGCUGAAGAAGAGUUAUGUGAGCUGCAAGUGAGGAUCAGAAGAGCUCGAGCCACAUCAAAAGAAGCUGCCAUGCCUGUAUCGGGAAAGCUACCUAAACUGAAUCUACCGGAGUACCACGGUGACGUUCUAACCUGGCACCAGUUUUGGGAUCAGUUUGUCUCCUUAGUUGAUAGUAGAAGACUAAGUGAUGUAGAUAAGUUUAUGUAUCUCAAUUCUGCCGUAAAAGGAGAAGCUAAGAAGCUGAUCGAAGGGCUAGGAACCACCAACAGGAACUACACCAUAGCUGUCAACACGUUGAAAGAAAGAUACGGACGCGUGGAGCUUGUCAAAGAUGCCCAUUACUCUGCUUUGAGCAAAAUUAAACCGGCCGACAGUUCCACUAUCAGUUGCCGGAAUGUUCUGAACGAGAUAGAGACCCAUCUUAGAGUGUUAAGUUCCUUAGGCGAAGACGACACGCACAGCUACCUUCGGUUUGUAAUACUGGAAAAGUUCCCAGAAGAAAUAGUCUAUGAACUGAAGAAAAGAGUCCAGGACGAUUCAGUUCCGGAAAUAAGAAAGGAGCUAGAGAAGCUAAUAUCCGCCAAGGAAGACGCCAGUCGAUUCAUCUCCCAAACAAGUGAAAGUACUUCAGGCAACUACACUACGGAGACACUGCACGUCAGUGAAAGAUUUAAUAACCCUAGAUUUGGAAGAGGAAGAAAUAACUAUAGAUUUAAGAAUAAUAGUUAUAGGCAGCGAAACAAUUAUGCUUCAAAUUCAAGAAACCAAGGGGUGAAAAGGAAGUUUGGAAGUAACCAAGAAAGAAAUUCUUCAACGGAACCAUCUGGAAAGAGGUUCAGGAUAUCAUGCUUGUUCUGUGGAGCAGAACAUGACUCUGCGAAAUGUAAGAAGUAUACCACAAUAAGGGAUAGGAAAAAUAGGCUUGUAGCUCGAUGUUACAGAUGCAUGGAAAGAGGACAUUUUGGAAGAACGUGCAAAUCGAAAAAACCCUGCGCCGGCUGUGGAAAUAACUACCAUCACCUACUUCUGUGUCCAAAGGCUCUGACAGAGAUGGCAUCAACAAAGACUACAGAAGCGCAGGCGAGCACAACAAAGACACCUGGAAAUGUCACAGAAAACAACGAAGCCUCCAAGCCUAACAUUCCUUUGUGA